AUGCUCGCCGCCAGAAACUUCUCUGCUGCUCGCCAGUGCCUGCGGUCCGUCCGUGUGACCCCCAGCUUCGUGGCCCCCAUCUCGCAGAUCCGUGGCUUCGCUGCUCCCGCCGACGAUGCCGUCGCCAAGUUCAAGGGCCAGAAGGGUUCUGAUGGCAAAUACACUGUCACUAUGAUUGAGGGUGAUGGUAUCGGUCCUGAGAUCGCUCAGUCCGUGAAGGAUAUUUUCGAGGCCGCCAAGGCCCCCAUCAAGUGGGAGCCCGUCGAUGUCGGUCCCAUUCUGAAGGACGGCAAGACCGCCAUUCCCGACGAUGCCAUUGCUAGCGUCAAGAAGAACUACGUUGCCCUCAAGGGUCCCCUGGCUACCCCCGUCGGAAAGGGUCACGUCUCCCUGAACCUGACUCUGCGCCGUACCUUCAACCUGUUCGCCAACGUCCGUCCCUGCCGCUCCAUCGCCGGCUACAAGACCCCCUACGACGGUGUCGACACUGUCCUGAUUCGUGAGAACACCGAGGGUGAAUACUCCGGUAUCGAGCACGUUGUUGUCGACGGUGUUGUGCAGAGCAUCAAGCUCAUCACCAAGGAGGCCUCCGAGCGCGUCCUGCGUUUCGCUUUCCAGUACGCCGAGUCCAUCAACAAGAAGAAGGUCCGUGUUGUGCACAAGGCUACUAUCAUGAAGAUGUCCGACGGUCUGUUCCUCAACACUGCCCGCGACAUCUCCAAGGACUUCCCCGGUGUUGAGUUCGACGCUGAGCUGCUGGACAACUCGUGCCUGAAGAUCGUCACCGACCCCACCCCCUACAACGACAAGGUCCUUGUCAUGCCCAACCUGUACGGUGACAUUCUGUCCGACAUGUGCGCCGGUCUGAUCGGUGGUCUUGGUCUCACCCCCUCCGGUAACAUUGGUGACGAGUGCUCUAUCUUCGAGGCCGUCCACGGUUCCGCCCCCGAUAUUGCUGGCCAGGGUCUUGCCAACCCAACUGCCCUGCUCCUGAGCAGUAUCAUGAUGCUGCAGCACAUGGGUCUCCACGACCACGCCAACCGCAUCCAGAAGGCUAUCUUCGACACCCUGGCUGAGGGCAAGGCCCUUACUGGUGACCUUGGUGGUAAGGCCAAGACCCACGAGUACGCUGAUGCCAUCAUGAAGCGUCUGUAAGCUUGUCGCUACUCGGAAUUUUUGUACUAUGACCCUUUGAUCUAUUUUCUGU